CACAGCAAGCCCAUUGCCCAUUGCCCCACUGAUUCUACUAUUCUAGAUAGGCUUCGGGUUGCGCAUUUGCCGGGUUCACACACUGCAAUGAUUAUAAGGCUUCACAAACGCUUCUCCAAUCAGUCACAUUUACCUUCCCCAAUGGAUCCUUCAAAGAUAAGAGAGAAAAUCGGUCGCUUUCGAAUCCUCGUCAUAGGAAGAGCGAACGCAGGAAAAACAACCAUCCUGCAGAGAAUUUGCAACACACAAGACAAACCAAAAAUAUACGACAGCGCUGGGGAAGAGUGUGGAGGAACGAUACACGCGGGAGGUUUUACGACACGCUAGAACAAAGGUACGACUAGAUGUACGUCAGCGCUUGCGCUCGAACGUUACAGUGGGACUUGUACUUACGUCUCAGUAUU